CUCUCUCUCUCUCUCUCUCAGAGCCAUGCAAGCUUCUCCUGGCUUCUCCUCCACCGCCAUCACCUCUGCUCCUGAAUCACCUGCUCCUACUAAACUUCACCCACCGCCAUCCAAACUUCUCAUCCAAACAUCAAACCCACCACUCCCCCUCAAACUUAUUGCUCCAUUAACCUCUCCCCUUGCAACUAAAUGGCCUUCUCACCUCAACCCACUUCAGAAACUCGCUGCCUCUGCCCUAGACAUGGUUGAGUGCUUCCUGAUCCACCGAUUGGACAACAAACACACCCUCCCCAAGCCCCUCGACCCCGCUGUUCAACUUGUUGGCAACUUCGCCCCAGUUCGGGAGUGUCCUGUUCAGCACGACCUCCAGGUGCUGGGUCAGCUUCCGCCAGCUCUCCGUGGCGUCUACUUGCGAAACGGCGCCAAUCCCAUGCUCUCUCCAGCCGGUGGUCACCACCUCUUCGACGGUGACGGCAUGAUACAUGCUGUUACCUUGGGCCCAGGCAACAGAGCCAGCUACAGCUGCCGGUUCACCCGCACGAGCCGGCUGGUGCAGGAAGCCGCAUUAGGAAGGCCGCUGUUUCCCAAACCGAUCGGUGAGCUGCAUGGCCACUCUGGGAUAGCUCGGCUGGCGCUGUUCUACGCCCGCGCCGCAGUAGGCUUGGUGGAUGGAUCACGAGGCACAGGUGUCGCAAAUGCUGGCCUCGUCUAUUUCAACGGUCGGCUUCUCGCCAUGUCAGAGGAUGACCUGCCCUACCACGUGAAGAUCAAAGGCGAUGGAGACCUGGAGACCACCGGACGCUUCGACUUCUCAGGACAGAUGGACCGUCCGAUGAUAGCGCAUCCCAAGGUGGACCCCAUAACAGGGGAGCUUUUCUCUCUCAGCUACAACGUGGUGAAGAAGCCCUACCUCAAGUAUUAUAAGUUCGGCACGUGCGGAGAAAAGUCACGUGAGGUAUCGAUUUCCCUCCAACAGCCCACGAUCAUCCACGACUUCGCUUUAACGGAGACCUCCGUGGUGAUCCCAGACCACCAGGUGGUUUUCAAACUAUCGGAAAUGGUUCGGGGCGGCUCACCUGUUAUCCACGACCCGAAUAAGAUCUCCCGCUUCGGAGUCCUACCCAGAAACGAUCCCGACGAAUCCAGAAUUCAGUGGAUCGACGUCCCCGACUGCUUCUGUUUCCACCUCUGGAACGCCUGGGACGAGCGCUCCAGCUCCGGUGACAGAAUCGUGGUGGUGAUUGGGUCGUGCAUGAGCCCCGCAGACUCGAUCUUCAAGGAACGGGUCGACCCGCUUCGGAGCGAGUUAUCGGAGAUCAGACUGAACUUAACGACGGGAGGGUCAAGCCGGCGGGUAAUAGUGGCGGGGAUGAAUCUGGAAGCGGGGCAAGUGGACAAGCGCCGGCUGGGAAGGAGAACACGGUACAUAUACCUGGCGAUAGCAGAGCCAUGGCCCAAAUGCUCGGGCAUGGCGAAGGUAGAUUUGGUGACCGGAGAGGUAACCAAGAUGAUGUACGGCGAGGGAAGGUUCGGUGGGGAGGCGUGUUUCGUGGGGGAGGAGGAAGGAGGAGAAGGAGAAGGGUGGUUGAUGAGUAUAGUGAGGGACGAGAAGAGGGAGAGGUCAGAGCUAAUCGUGGUGGAAGCUGACGACAUUAAGCAGGUGGCUUCGGUCAGGUUGCCGACCAGGGUUCCCUACGGCUUUCAUGGGACUUUUGUUGAUUCUCAACAAUUGAGGGCACAGCGUGUCUGUUAAUAAUAUCAUAAGUUGCUAACUUUCUAUUAUAAAAACGUAUAUAAAUGGGUGAGUGAAGUUUUGUGGAUUAUUAUUAUUA